AUGGGUGAUUACGUAACUCCGGGCGAAGAGCCGCCGCAGCCGGGCAUCUAUCGAAGUGAACAGAUGUGCUUGGCUCAGCUCUAUCUUCAAUCGGACGCCUCUUAUCAAUGCGUCGCCGAGCUCGGAGAACUCGGACUCGUCCAGUUCCGUGAUGUAAGUUUAACGAGGAAAUCUGUCGGGCUAAAAUUACGUCUUCAAUUUCAGCUGAACCCGGAUGUAAGCUCUUUCCAACGAAAGUAUGUUAACGAGGUGCGAAGAUGCGAUGAAAUGGAAAGGAAACUACGAUUCCUGGAGCGUGAGAUCAAGAAGGAUCAAAUUCCGAUGUUGGAUACAGGGGAAAAUCCGGAUGCUCCGUUGCCAAGAGAAAUGAUCGAUUUGGAGGUUUGCUCUUUCCAGCUUCUCCACGGAUCCACUCAUAUUUCUCUUUAAGGCGACGUUCGAGAAACUCGAAAAUGAGCUGCGUGAAGUUAAUAAAAAUGAAGAGACUCUGAAGAAGAAUUUCUCCGAAUUGACCGAGUUGAAACAUAUUCUACGCAAAACUCAGACGUUCUUUGAAGAGGUGAGAUCUUUUUUCAUACUUUUCACUGCACUUCCACAUUUUCUAACCUUCCUUUUUCUCUAAUUCUCAUACUUCGAUAUAAUAGUUCAUUAUUUUAAUAACUAGCUCUCAUUCUUCUAAUUCUGGCAUGCUUUUGACACCAAAAACUGCUUUAAAUGAUUACAAAAAUCGCUCAAAGUAAAUGUUUAAGUGUGUUUUGUGCCGGUCUAACCAGCCUUUAGUCUAGUUAGCUCGUUCCCAUUUCGGUUCGUCCCAAAAUCACAGGUUGAUCAUGAUCGCUGGCGGAUUCUGGAAGGCGGCAGCGGACGGCGGGGCAGAUCAUCCGAAAGAGAAGAAGAACGACCGUUGAUUGACAUCGGCGGAGACAUUGACGAAGACGCGGCACGGCUUUCCGCACAGGCGGCCUUGCUCCGACUCGGGUACGUGGUGAAGCUAACGGAGCGAAGAGCGCCACCACACAGACUGACUCGCGAACUAGUUGUUGUUGUCCUGUUAAGCGUUCCCUUUCCUGUUCCUUUCCUUCCUUGCUCCUCCUCCCUUAAACCUUUUAUUCCGACACUCCUCUCAUCUCCCUACUAACACAGGCUGGUACUGGGGAAAUGCUGCCCACUGCUACCGUCGGCGAAUCUGAAGAAGGUCUCGAGUUGACGCAGCACGCGACUCCUGGAAGUGGCACCAUGUUCGCCAACUUUGGGUGAGACUCACUUCUCUGUCGUUUCUGUGCCGCACGUUCUGCCUUUUGCUUGCCACCUUCUUUCUCUAUCUUUUUUCCCCCGCUUCUCGUUGUGGUGUGCCAGAUUUUAGGAACAAUCAACCCUCUUUCUCUCUCUCUCUCUUGACACACUCCCAAUCUACAUAUUCCCGACUGCAAACUCCGUUGUAGUGAUGUGUUUGUUUGAUUUCUGCAGCACGAAGAUCUGAUCGCCUCAUCUGCGGAAAACUCGGCAAUCGGCGAUGUGCUCAGCGCAGACGAGGAGGAGCUUUCGGCCCGUUUCAGCGAUGCGAUGUCGCCACUGAAGCUGCAAUUACGGUAGGAAUGUCCCUCACUUUCCUUUCCUUUUUUCGCGUCUUUGUCGUCCUUUUCUUUCAUAUCUCUGUGUUGUGGUGGUGCUCUUUUCAGUGCGCGAGACGUCUCCAGGCUUUACAGCUCUUUUACGUUUGGCUCCGGUUUCUAUCACCUUUUUCUAGAUUUGUGGCUGGUGUCAUCCAGCGCGAGCGCCUACCCGCUUUCGAACGCCUUCUCUGGAGAGCGUGUCGCGGAAACGUGUUCCUGCGAACGAGCGAAAUCGACGAUGUUCUCAACGAUACAGUGACCGGAGAGCCUGUCAACAAGUGCGUCUUCAUCAUCUUCUUUCAAGGAGAGCAACUCAAGACGAAAGUGAAAAAGAUCUGUGAAGGGUACGAUUAUCAGACUAUCCGGGUUCCCAACAUUUUCCGCUCUCUAGAUUCCGUGCAACGCUGUACCCAUGUCCGGACACCCCGCAAGAGAGAAGAGAAAUGUCCAUAGGAGUAAUGACUCGCAUCGAAGAUCUAAAGACGGUCCUUGGUCAGACCCAAGAUCACCGUCACCGCGUUCUCGUGGCAGCAUCGAAGAACGUGCGAAUGUGGUUGACGAAGGUUCGGAAGAUCAAGUCGAUCUACCACACUCUGAACCUGUUCAACAUUGACGUCACUCAGGUAUCAUUUGUAUGUCACAUUCUCCCACUAUGGUCUGUCUUGCAGAAAUGUCUCAUCGCCGAAGUGUGGUGCCCGAUUGCUGAGCUCGACCGCAUCAAGAUGGCGCUGAAGCGCGGAACGGACGAGAGCGGUAGCCAAGUGCCGUCGAUUCUGAAUCGAAUGGACACUCAGGAAGCGCCGCCUACGUACAACAAGACGAACAAAUUCACAAAGGGAUUCCAGAACAUUGUCGACGCGUACGGAAUCGCCACGUACAGAGAGAUCAACCCAGCACCGUACACGAUGGUCUCUUUCCCGUUCCUGUUCGCCGUUAUGUUCGGAGACAUGGGACACGGAGUCAUCAUGUUCCUCGCCGCUCUCUUCUUCAUUCUCAAAGAGAAACAACUCGAGGCGGCACGAAUCAAGGACGAGAUCUUCCAGACAUUCUUCGGUGGUCGCUACGUUAUUUUCUUAAUGGGCGUGUUUUCGAUUUACACUGGAUUCAUGUACAACGACGUGUUCUCGAAAAGCUUGAACACUUUCGGAUCGUCGUGGAAGAACUCGAUUGCGGAAAGAACUAUAGAUGAUUUGAUCCGUGAUCCAAAGACAGCCGAGACUCAGUUGAUUCUACCUCCGGAGAUCGCAUUUGACGGAAACCCGUACCCAAUCGGUGUGGAUCCAAUUUGGAAUCUGGCCGAAGGAAACAAGCUCUCAUUCCUUAACUCGAUGAAAAUGAAGAUGUCCGUUUUGUUCGGAAUCGCUCAGAUGACGUUCGGAGUGCUGCUCUCUUACCAGAACUACACGUGAGUCCUUCUUCCAUCCAAUUGACCCUCAUUCAUAUUUCAGGUACUUCAAAUCUGACCUCGAUAUCAAGUUUAUGUUCAUUCCGCAAAUGAUCUUUCUCUCCUCCAUUUUCAUUUACCUCUGCAUCCAAAUUCUUGCAAAGUGGCUUUUCUUCGGAGCAGCCGCCGGCACGAUUCUCGGUUACGAGUACCCCGGAUCGAACUGCGCUCCUUCUCUGCUUAUAGGACUCAUCAACAUGUUCAUGAUGAAGUCUCGCAAUUCUGGAUUUGUAGACAACGAUCGUAAUACGUAUAACCAAUGCUAUCUGAGCACUUGGUAUCCGGGACAGGUUGGUGGACUGAUAACCUAUUUUCAGACGAUGUCAUUUCCGGAGAAUGAAGCAGAAAAGAGACAUAGAUCAAUCAAAGAAUUGUAUUACUUUUAGUCCUUCUUCGAAACGAUUUUCGUGCUGGUCGCAAUCGCUUGCGUCCCGGUAAUGCUCUUCGGAAAGCCGUACCACUUAUGGAAGGAAGACAAAGAACGGCGCGAAGGGGGUCAUCGGCAACUGGUAAGCCACCAUCUUUUUGCAUCAGUCAGCACGCACCACAUCGUUGUGUCCUUUCCUUCUGUGUCGUUGUUGUUCCUCAUUUCUGUGUUUGAUGUUGUGGUGAUGUUGUAUUGGUGAGGUGGUGGAUUACUACAGUUGCCCGCAGCCAGAGACAUCUUUUGUUGUGCCCGCUUGACAAAACCUAAAGACUCGAGCCUUGCGCGCGACUUACACAUUAACUGGUUGGAUCUCCGUCUCUUUUCUGCUCUUAUCCGAUCUUCGACAUCGUCCGGAAUGCGUUCUGAAACAUUCGAAGUGAAGAGGAUUGCAGAGCACCGUUGAAAUAAUUCUUGUCGUGUUGGCUAUGGUCCAAGUGCCCAUUAUGUUGUUCGCAAAACCAUUCUUCUUGUAUCAACGAGAGAAACAACAGACCAGAUAUCGUACACUGGUAGAACCGAGUCAGGUAACACAUAAUUAAUAAUUGCAUGAUAACAGUUAGGUUGCUGGUUGUUUUAUUAUUAUUUUUCUCGUUUAAUCGGUUCUCAGUCAACUUCAUUCCCCAUCAAAAACCGAGGGUUUUUUUUAGAGUGUCCGUGCUGACAUCAACCAAGACGACGCAGAAGUGAUUCAUGCUCCCGAGCAAACACCGAAACCAGCCGGAGGACAUGGACAUGGGCACGGAGACGGACCUCUCGAAAUGGGUGACGUUAUGGUUUACCAGGCCAUUCACACCAUCGAAUUCGUGCUCGGAUGUGUCUCCCACACUGCCUCCUACCUCCGUCUCUGGGCUCUUUCCCUUGCUCAUGCUCGUAAGCUUCGCUCCUUCAAUUUCAACAAAUAACUUAUUUUUUGUAGAACUCUCCGAUGUCCUGUGGACCAUGGUGUUCCGUCACGCAUUCGUAAUGGACGGAUACGCGGGAGCCGUCGCCACCUACGUGCUCUUCUUCAUCUUUGGAUCCCUUUCAGUGUUCAUCCUGGUUCUGAUGGAGGGUCUCUCUGCCUUCCUCCACGCACUCCGUCUCCACUGGUCAGUUUGGCCUCCAUUCCUGUUCACCAUCUCUUAUUUCAGGGUCGAGUUCCAAUCUAAGUUCUACGGAGGUCUCGGAUACCAGUUCACCCCGUUCUCGUUCGAGAAAAUCCUGGCCGAGGAGCGCUCCGCCGAAGAGAACCUCUAG